AUGCCAUUCCUCAUGUUACUCCUCACCACCCUCAUGCCACUCCUCAUGUUACUCCUCACUACCCUCAUGCCACUCCUCAUGUUACUCCUUACCAUCUCAUACCAUUCAUCAUGUUACUCCUCACUACCUCAUGCCACUCCUCAUGUUACUCCUCACCAGUCUCAUACCAUUCCCCAUGUUACUCCUCACCAUCCUCAUGCCACUCCACAUGUUACUCCUCACUACUCUCAUGCCACUCCUCAUGUUACUCCUCACCACCCUCAUGCCACUCCUCAUGUUACUCCUCACUACUCUCAUGCCACUCCUCAUGUUACUCCUCACCACCCUCAUGCCACUCCUCAUGUUACUCCUCACCAGUCUCAUGCCACUCUUCAUGUUACUCCUCACCACCCUCAUGCCACUCCUCAUGUUACUCCUUACCAGUCUCAUACCAUUCAUCAUGUUACUCCUCACUACCCUCAUGCCACUCCUCAUGUUACUCCUCACCAGUCUCAUUCCAUUCCUCAUGUUACUCCUCACCAUCCUCAUGCCACUCCUCAUGUUACUCCUCACCACCCUCAUGCAACUCCUCAUGUUAUUCCUCACCACCCUCAUGCCACUCCUCAUGUUACUCCUCACCAGUUUCAUGCCAUUUCUCAUGUUACUCCUCACCACCCUCAUGCCACUCUUCAUGUUACUCCUCACCACUCUCAUGCCACUCCUUAUGUUACUCCUCACCUCCCUCAUGCCAUUCCUCAUGUUACUCCUCACAACCCUCAUGCCACUCCUCAUGUUACUCCUCAACACUCUCAUGCCACUCCUCAUGUUACUCCUCACCACCUUUAUGCCACUCCUCAUGUUACUCCUCACCUCCCUCAUGCCAUUCCUCAUGUAACUCCUCACAACCCUCAUGCCACUCCUCAUGUUACUCCUCACCACCCUCAUGCCAUUCCUCAUUCUCAUGCCACUCCUCAUGUUACUCCUCACCACCCUCAUGCCAUUCCUCAUGUUACUCCUCACCACCCUCAUGCCACUCCUCAUGUUACUCCUCACUACCCUCAUGCCACUCCUCAUGUUACUCCUUACCAGUCUCAUACCAUUCAUCAUGUUACUCCUCACCACCCUCAUGCCACUCCUCAUGUUACUCCUUACCAGUCUCAUACCAUUCAUCAUGUUACUCCUCACUACCCUCAUGCCACUCCUCAUGUUUACUCCUCACCAGUUCUCAUACCAUUCUUCAUGUUACUCCUCACCACUCUCAUACCGUCCCUCAUGUUAACUCCUCACCAUCCUCAUACCAUUCUUCAUGUUACUCCUCACUACCCUCAUGCCACUCCUCAUGUUACUCCUCACUACUCUCAUGCCACUCCUCAUGUUACUCCUCACCACCCUCAUGCCACUCCUCAUGUUACUCCUUACCAGUCUCAUACCAUUCAUCAUGUUACUCCUCACUACCCUCAUGCCACUCCUCAUGUUACUCCUCACCAGUCUCAUACCAUUCCUCAUGUUACUCCUCACCAUCCUCAUGCCACUCCUCAUGUUACUCCUCACUACUCUCAUGCCACUCCUCAUGUUACUCCUCACCAUCCUCAUGCCACUCCUCAUGUUACUCCUCACUACUCUCAUGCCACUCCUCAUGUUACUCCUCACUACUCUCAUGCCACUCCUCAUGUUACUCCUCACCAUCCUAAUGCCACUCCUCAUGUUACUCCUCACUACUCUCAUGCCACUCCUCAUGUUACUCCUCACCAGUCUCAUGCCAUUCCUCACUUACUCCUCACCAUCCUCAUGCCACACUCCUCAUGCCACUUUACUCAAAUCUAA